UCCGUUUCUGUGUAGUUAAAAACCAACAAUUAUUUACAAAAACUCCUCCAAUAGAACAAAAUCAUAAAAAUACGCAUAUCACGCAACGCUCAUGCAACCUUUUGUACCCUACUGUAGCUCUCUUCUGUAAUGGGAAGUACGCAACACGACGUUAUAAACGCAGCGUGCAUGCCGGCUGCCUCCGUUGUCAAAGUGUAUGUUGACAACAAUCUGGAAAAAGCGCGAGAGAGCAGCAAAAACUGUAAACGAUUGUUGGUAAAAUAGGAACAGAAAGUGUGUGUUUGUUACGGAAAGUUUGAUUUGCAAGCAUGGACCGUAGAUUUUCGUUCGGACCCAGUCCAAUUCCGACCGGUUCGAUACCCAAAGUGCGUCAGUCGCUCGGCGGUUCGCUGUUUUCCGCCGGGGCUCGGUCAACCAACUCGAGCACGUUUGCUCGUCAAGGCUCAGGCCGCCACAGCGUAUCGUCGCGUUCCAAUGUGUCCACGCUGCGCGUGGUUGCCAAAUCCGAGUACAACAUACUGGAAUCGUACGGCUUUUCGCUUCCGGUGCAGGUGACCGAGGUGCUUACGUUCAACGAACGCAACAUCAACGUAUCGGUAAACUACAGCCAAAACGGAUGGGCCUGGUUGGUGCAAGGGCGCCGUCUGUUCGUUUGGCAGUAUCGCGACAAUCCGAACCAAAAACCGGGCGCUGGGUUUGGGAUGGAAACGUUCUCCACGCCUCGGCGUCCGUACGCCGGUCAGUGCCGCCAGUUAACACUGCCACACUGCGACAUCGGUCACAAGGCGUCUUUGGUGACGGUAUUUGUCAACGAAGGGCACCAGAUGGCUUCCUGUUUGGCCGUUUCACCUGCCGGCGAUGUACGCUACUGGCAAUCGAUCGCCCACGAUGGGUCCUCCAUCGACGAGUACAACAUUCUGGAGGGACAGGAGUUUGAACAGUUGAUCGGUCUGGGUGGACAGGAGUUUGUGUUGGCCACGACCACGUGUAGCUUGAUGCGGCUAAAUGUGCAUCUGCAGAAUGGUCGAUACAUGAUCGUUCCAAGGCUUAUUAAGCCUCCGUCCGGAUUUUUCGGUGGCAUCGGGAAACGGUUCGCCUCCAUCAUCAUCGGAAUGCACAACAACCAGGAGCGUGAGAAUAAACUGGUGAAAAUAAGUUGUGAGAAAAUCUCCCAAAAUCCCAGCGAAUGGCACAUCACGGUGUUGGCCGAUCGGUGGAUUCAGCGCUGGGCCGUCCAACCGCACAGCGGAAACGAACGGUUCCUGAGCGAGGAUGCGGACAUUAUGAAGAAGAUGCGCGACUUUUUCCACCAAAAGCUGUGGAACACCCGGGAUGUGUCGGAAGUCGAGCUAUGGGCGCUGGACAUGCAGGCAACCGAUCGGGGCGUGAUCAUACUGGCGGCGGCCGUUAAUGAGCAACGUUCGCCGCAGGUGUACUAUGCGCUGAUGACGGUCAUCUUCGAGCCGGACAACACGUUCACGCUCAAAGAGAGCACCGUCAUGAGGUACAAGGGUUUCUACAGUGCGGAACGGUUGGCGGAGUUGAUCGAUUUCCGGUUCAUUGCUAACCGGAGCUUUGCGUACGUGUACAACGACCGAUACAUUUUCCCCGUGGCGCUAGCGGAAACGGAUGCCGUCAGUAGUCAGGGUAGCAGUCCCACCUCGACCGCCGGUGAAGAGGUGGAAAAGCUUGAAUUUCACGCACGUGAAGAUAUGAUCCUGAUGGGGAACUGUUUCCAAAACGCGCCACUGUUUUUCUCCCGCCUAAACGGAAUGGUUAUCAUAACGCCGUCCGACUUCGAUCCGAGCGACAUGUUCAAUUCGUCCGUCUCGUCCGACAUGUUUAACCCGAACUAUUCCGCGGCAGACGCGACCGUACUUAUGCAGCAAUCGAUCUUUGCACCGGCCACCACCAACGCGGGCAAUUUGAUUCUGUACGAGCUGGACCCGGAAGAGAUUGCUAGCGCGGCCGAUGAUGUGCAGGAGCAGGACCCGGUGCAGCAGCUAAAGGCAGCCUUUAUUUACCACAUUAAGCGCAACACGGUGGCGGCGGAUGAACUAAUCGCCUCACUGCUAGAAUCGGUUCAGCAGCGUGACCAGAUGGAUGGUGAGCUGGACCGAACGGUGCUUAAAAUUGCUGUCGAUCUUGCGCAAGACACGCCGGCGGCUGAUCCUCGCUGGGAGGUCACUAACAAGCAUGCGCUCGGUUCUUCCACAUCGAUGCAAAUCAUUCAACAGCUGCGGGAGAAGAACAUUGCGUACACGCAGUUCAUCGAGUUUCUGCGCAGCCGAAAUCUGUGGGAUCGUCUCGGUGUGAUCAGAAACCCGUCGGCGUUGGACUCCGGAGAGGCACGCCCAACGGCACUGUGUCUGUCGGACAUUGGGGAAAAGAUAGUGGCUGCGAUCGGUAUCAAGUGUCUGCACAACAGUCACUCCCGCAUCAUCGAUGAGGCAAUCAAUUUGGUGCUGCAACAAACGAACCGCACGGUUCCCUUCCCGAACCUAACGCCACAAGAUCUGUUCUACGCACAGACGCACCGAGUAGAGGAGCUGUUCAAGGUACUGAGCGAGCUGGUCGAUGCGUACGUCCAGCAGGAGCUUACACCGAUACAAAUUCAGACAGCGUUGGUCGAGGUUAACACGAUCGUCCUUACGGUACUGCAGGAGGUGCUAAAGUAUCGCGAAUCGAAAGCGAGCACGUACACGAUCCGCGACGAGCUGCGCAACCGGUACGAGCAGAUACCGUGGACCGCACUGUCCGGCAAGGGUGGUCUGCGCGAUGUGUUGCUGCACCUGAUCAGCAGCACACUGCGCCACGGUGUAAAGGGCACGGCGGAGCCGGAGUUCCGCAUGAAGCAUUUCAAGCACAUGACCGAGCUGAUCGAUUACGUGCUGGACGGGCGCAAGACUUAUCUGGAAAGCGUUUACGACGAGGAAAAGUAUGCCGUGCUACUGCAGCAGUACGAAUCGCAGCGGAUCGACCUCAUCUAUCCUCUGGUGGAAGCGGAGCAGUACGAGAUGGCGGCCAAGCUGGCGGAAAAGUAUCUCGACUUCCAGACGCUGGUGGAAAUAUGCGACAAAACCAACAACCAGGAACGGUUGGAUGAGUAUAUCGAGCGGUACAAGGAGCACGACUUCUCGCAGUUCGCCAUCAGCUGGCACAUGAACCAGAACAAGCAGGGUGACAUACUGCAUCGCUUCAAGAACAACCAGUCCGCGCUGGCCCGUUUCCUGGUCGAUCAUCCGUCGAUGGCCUGGAUACAGCUGCUGUUCAACGGGGAGCUGGCCCAGGCCGCCGACGUGCUGCUGUCGUUGGCCCAGCGCGAAAAGGAGCUGCUGGCAAGAAAGCGGGCAAUACUGUGCCUGGCCAAGCUGUGCCUGUUGGCAGCGGAAGGCGACACCUUUCAGGGCCAGAUCGACGCAAUCAACGCGGAGCUGGACCUGAUCGAAAUACAGGAAAACAUUCCGACCGAAAUUCUGGACAUCUUCGGUUACGACACGAAGCACGUGAAGGUUCUGACACCCGAGGAGAUAGUUGACCUCUACAUUGCCGAAGAGUAUAGCCAAUCGAGCGAAAAGGAAUUCCAUUAUGCGCUCUCGCUGCUACCGUUCGUGGAGGAUCCGAUCGAGAUUCGCCACCGGAUCUGGUGUGCGGCCAUACUGCGCGAUUCGUGGGAAGAGUACAACAAAAAUGCCCCACUGGACAGUAUGCAAAACAUGCUGUUCUUCAGGCUGAUCGAUCUUUGCUACAUCUCGGAUGCGGGUGAGCUGGAAAACUUUUUGCCACCGUUGGAAAGCUUCCUGAACGCGCCGGAGUUGGGCGAGCUGACGCAGAGCAAAUCGUUCCAGUAUCUCAUGAAGCUUGGUUACGAACACAUCAAUGAAUCGUACCGGCAGAAAUAGGAUGUUUUUUGCUGGCUGCUAACGAUUGAUUGAGUAGAGUUUUCGGUUUGUAAUACGAUCCGUUUCAAUAAAGUGUGUUCAAUACAAGUAAAUUAAUAUAAA